AUGAAGACUUUCACCCUCUCCAUGGCUUUGCUGGCCGUUGCCGGCAUCGUGAGCGCCGAUGUUACGGUCGGUGAAUGCGCGAGAAUGUGUAUCAACAACAUGAACAAUAAGGCCUCCGAGUUGGGCUGCUCCAGCGGUGACAUGGCUUGCCUCUGCAAGACUGACAACUACCGAUUCGGUGUCCGCGAUUGCACCUCGCAGGCCUGUCCUGGCGACGAUGCGAACGCUGUCGUUGCGGUUGCCCUGGCGUCUUGCCCUGACUCUGGCUCUUCGGGCUCUUCAGCUUCGUCCACCGGAACUCAUACAGGUGGCGCUAGCCCAACUGGUACUGUCACUGGCACCGGCUCGAGCUCCGGCUCUGGCAGCAAGACCUCUGGCUCUGGUAAAACUACGGGCACCUCUGGAUCGAUGACUGGGUCGGAGACUGGCACGAUUACCGGCUCCAGCACCACCACCGGUGAUACUUCUACUGGAACCGGCGGUUCUGAGACGAUCACUGGGUCUACUACUCGCUCCAGAUCCGAGAGCUCUACUCUGAGCACCACUGCGAGCACUGGUAGCUCUAGCUCCCGCAAUGGAUCCGGCGCAUCGAGCACGAGCUCCGUUAGAACCUCUGGCUCUGCGACCGGUACUGCGCCUUCCACCUCUGGGACAGGUAACUCGGCUGCUCCCCUUAAUGCCAUUGGCAGUGGCGCUCUCGGAGCCCUGGGACUGGUGGCUGCCUUCGUACUCUAA